AGGAGCGGGGCGCCGGCGCUGAUCUUCGGCGCGUGCGGAGGGGAGGGGAGGGGCGAUGGGGGCCCCGAAAGGCCCCCCCGGCCCGGACAGCCGCGCGCGGAGUCCCCGGUGCUUCGUGCUGCGCGGAGGGCCUGGGGCCCCGGGGCCCCGGCCGGAGGGUCUGGCACGGAGAACUCGCCUCCCUCCCUCCAUGCCGCGUUCGCUCCUUUGGGCCUCAGUCGUGGCCCGUGCGAAGAGCCCGGAAGGGCUUGUGGAAAUGCCACUGCAGCGCUUGGCCCCGGGGGCACCUUUGCCGGCUGGCAGAUUUCACCAAAAGGCGAGCUUUGAUGCCUUCGAGAUGAGACUGCAGGACUUCGGGCCAGACCCUUAAUCGGCCGCCGGGCGGCCUCUCCCAAAGGGCCCCGGUGACUUUCAGGCCGGGGGUGGCACAAGCCGACCCCCGCCCGUCUUUCCUCCAGCGGACUUUUCACGGCUUCCUCCCCCCUUUGGCGCUGGGACUCCAUGUGUUCCUCGGCCGCGGAGAGAGGCCAAUGGGGAGUCCAGUUUGAAUCCUCCCCGUCCACCUCGGCGGCCGCCUCCCUCCCCGGCGCCACCGGCCGGAAGCGCAAGGCCAACUUCUCCAACGAUGAGACGGAAACCCUGGUUUGGAAUGUAGUCCGGCACUUCGGCGCCCUGUAUGGGUCCGAGUCCUUCCGGGCUCACCCCGUGCGCCGCAAACAGCUCUGGACCCAGAUCCAAAGCCGGGUCAACUUCCUCGGCUACACGGAGCGCUCCAUCGACGACCUCAAGCACAAAUGGCGGGACUUAAGGCUGGACGUCAAGAAGAAGAUCACCGCCAAGAAGCCCCCGGCCGUCCAUCGCACGGGGCCCCCCCACAAGCCUCGGCUGACGCCUCUGGAGAAGAUGGUGGCCUCCACGUUCCUGCAGCCCACCCAUGAUUCGGAACCGGAGAUCGUCUUGGAUCCAGAGAUUUUCUUCCCGGGAGCCUCCAAGCAGACGUUCGGGCCCAUGCAGCCGGGAAGCGGCCCCCCCGGGAUUUACAUCGACACCAACGGGCAGCCCUCGGCACUGCCUGAAAUGGAUGGGGCUGCGGGGCCGCGCCUGGGCGUCCGGAGCCCCGACCCUUCGCUGAUGAGCGACUAUGCUAGAGGUGAAGGACACAGCAGCUCCGCAGACUCUGGACCAGAGCUCCGGACGCCCGAAACGUCCACCGUCUCUCCCCCACUAAGAAAUGACUCCCUGGUUUCCUACGCAUCCGAAGAGGAAGACCGGGAAGGCCCGGAAGGGGACGGGGGCACCGGCCUCGAUCCAUCGCUGUCGGCCGAGGAAGACCUGAGGAUCUCCAGCCGGCAGGCGAUGCUCCUCCGCCGGUGCAAUUCCCAGGGGUCGGGGCUGGGCUGCUUGCCACGGGGGCUGAUGGGUGCGGCCUGGGAGAAGCAGCCGCCGCCGCAGGAGGAGGAGCAGCAGCCCCCCAGAUCUCCGGUGCACGUGGGGGCCCUCCACGAGGAAUCCCUGCCUUCUUCGGCAUCGCCCCAGGCAGACCAGGGGCCCGCUCCCCACCCUGUACCACGGGGAAUCGGGGGCUCCCGCCCACGGGAGAGCAGCUGGGAGCCUUGGAGGACUAACCUGUAUCGCUUGAUGGAGAUGGAAGACCGGUGGGAUCAGCUCUACCACCAGGAGCUGGCCGUGUGGCAGGAGGAGCGGGCCCAGCAGCGGGACGAGCGGGCACGGGACAGGGAGCUUCAGCUUCGGCUGCUGGGCGUCCUCACUGACAUCCGGGAUGAACUGUGGUUCUUGCGCCAGGAGCGGGCAUCUCCCCGGCGGGAGGGGGCAUCAAAAACCAGCGCCGAGCCCGCCGUCCCAGCGCCGGCCAGCCUGCCUCUGAAACCCGAGGGCCCGCCUCCCAAGCCGUCACCCGAACCCACCCCGCUCUUCUACCCCAUCAAAGCCGAAGCGUGCCUCCCGGGACCGCCCGUGCUUAGCGGUGGCCGGGGAGAGAGGGGCGCUGGGCCCCGAAGCCCUCACGGGGUCCCCCGGCGGGGCAGGGGGCGUCCCCGGGGCUCCACGUCUAGACACAGAAGGUUGUUCAUGGCCCACAGCUAGGGCGGACGGGUGUUUGCAACGCCCAGGACCAAGGGACGUGCCUAGAGCUCCAGCCUUUCCUCCGGGGGGGAUCCAGGGCGUGUGAAAGGGGGUGGAUUUUUGUUUUCUUGCACAGAUCUAAGAAAAGCUGCUCCAGUGCACCGGCAAAGGGGGUGUGAAUGUCUGGAACCUUCUUGAUAACACGGGAUGAUGGUCUGUGUGCAAAUGUGGCGAUGGUCUAUGUGCAAAUGAACGUGCAUUGGGCGUCAAUGCAGCAAAGUUGUCUCUAGACCAUGCUGAUUUAGAAGGAGAUGGCCCCUCAGUGUAACGUAUUUUGCACACCCAGCGAAAUGGCAAGAAUCUCUGGUCUAGGUCACGGUGGUCCUUC